AUCUGAAUACAAAGUUGGAUUCCUGAUUUUGACUAUUCACUAAGGCCAAGGUUCUCCGCAUUCCCUGACCCAGAGAAUGGAGCUCUGUGACACCGGGCACAUGCCCAGUAAUCAGUCACGAGACAGCUCUCCACUUCAUAUUCCGUAACAAGACCUGCUACUCAAGUUACGGCUUUGCAAGAAUAGUUUGUGUUGGGCUAUAUAGGCCAGUGGUGUGUGCUUGAUAAACUUAUAGAGAUAGAUGGAUGUAGUAAUUUCUGCAGGGGCAAAAUAUAUUAUAUUUUGAUUCAAUAAAAAUGAUGUUAACUAAAAAACUGGUUUUGUUCUGUGGGUGCAUUACAGGUUUGUUACAGUUUUACGUUUUUAGUUUCUCUAAAAGCAGAAUGUAUUCCUCCAUCCCUUUUGUGCAUUUUAAAUUGUAUUAUCAUUUUUACUAAUAUAAGCUAUUUUAAUUGUAGAAACGGACUGCAAACCACCUUUACUCUAGCCAAGACUCCUACAUUUCAUUUUACCGGAUGAUUAGUAGCUUUUUAAGCAGUGACAAUAAAUAUCUGCAUAUACAGGUUGUGGAAAGUACACUGCAGUGAUCGAAAAAAAAUUACAUAAAUAAAUGCUGAAUGACACGGUUAAGCAAGUGUUCUUCAUCUGAAACCAGAUGCUCGGCAAUACAUACCAGUGUUUGGGUUUAAUUCGUGUUGGACUACUGGCUGAACCGUGGGUGAAGUCAUGUGCUUUUAUUUUUGAAGGAAGUAUUUCCCAACCGGAAUCUAUAUCAUAGGUUCCGUGGUCUUCACACACCAUGCUUCACACAUGUUUGAGCUGCUAGCAUAGUAUUGACCAAUUUGUUCGUCAUUUAUUUUUUUCUGUUGGCCAGGAUGCAGAUAUGCAGUGUGUGCAGCGAACACACACCGAAAUACAGAUGCCCAGCCUGCAAAAUAAGAUAUUGUUCACUUGGAUGUUACAAGAGGCAUAAAGACACUUGCCUUCCUGUUGAGGAGCCUGCACCUAUUGAGCCUAAAGUGAAGGAUUCUUUCAACACUGAGACGUGGACUGUUGAGGAUCUUCUGCAGGAAGAGGAGGACAUUGUUGACAAAGUGCCUCUGCAGAGGCUCCAGCUGUUAGGUCAGUCCAAAGAGCUUAGAGAUAUUCUGUGCAACCCCCAUCUGAGACAGUUGCUGCGCUCCAUUGACAGCGCAGACAGCAAAGACGAUGCGAUGAAGGCUGCCAUGCAGGAGCCUCUGUUUGUAGAAUUUUCCGAUCAGUGUUCAAAAAUUGUCAAUAAUUAAGCAAAAUCAACAGCCAAUAAAGCUGACUAUUUGUAAAAUAGUGCCUGCAUUGGUUUUUCUAUCUGAUCACUUUUGAUUAUAUUUAUGUAUAAGGUCUUGGAAUAAGCAAGUUGUGUAGUCCCUGUAUUUUUUUUUGUUGAUCCAACUUCCUGUCAUAUGCCUUGUCAUGCAACAGUAUCAUGUUCCAAUAAACACUGACAUUUUUAAAACGA